AAACAUGUUCCAGUUCCCUGGAUAAGGCUGAGGUCGAAAGUUCUUGGUUUUUAAAUUUUACUUUACAGUUUUACUUUUAGAGUGUACAGAUCCUUUACUUUUCAGUUUUCAUUUUGUUUGGCUUACACCUAUGAGUAAUAAUCCAUAGUACUGUGGAGAUUUUUAGUUACUUAGUAUUUUGUAGUACUAGUAUUCUUACUCAUAAUGUUUCGCAAUCGAUUUUGGAAUAUUAUUGAAAUUUCUCAACUUUGCGAGCGCUCAGGAGUUGUGUCGAAAUAACGAUGUGAGCCGAAUGCAGAAGUAUUGAAGUAGACACAUUAAUUAAUUUUAAUUUUCUCGUUUUCUGGUUGAUUUUAUUCACGGCAAACCUUAACGAGAAAGCCUAGACGGAAUUUGGACACUCAGGAGUAGCGGUAUUGUUAACUACCAGACUGAUUGGUCCACGCGUGGCGCGUGCCAAGAGCAGUAUGUCGUCAAGAUACGAUCGAAGGAAGCAGCGCAGUCCAUCUAGUGAGCGCAUAACGCGCGAGUCUGACAAGCGUAAGAAGAACGUGAGCAGUCCCGCAAGAGAUAAAGUGGGUUCCCGCAUAUAUGAGAUCGGCGACCCCACACCCAGCACUAGUCGCGAUGCGAUUCCCUCCACAUCUGGCUCAUACGGGUCCAGUAGUCGCAGCCGAACGAGUGGUGGUGCCACUACGCCAAAGCAAGAUAGCGCACAUCAGAUGGUUAAAAAUGAAGCCACCGGGCAGCCGAGAAAUAGGUUAACGCGGCAGAUCUUCGAACAAAUCCCCUUUCUGGAGAGUGAUCCUCUGAAAGCUCUGGAAAUGCUCAAGAAAAUGGUACAAGAAUCAGGGUUGGAAACAUUGUAUGCUAAUGUAAACGAAAACACAAGCCGUGCUCGCGACUUCAGUGACAGGAUUGCGGAGUUGAAGAGGAAUGUGGACAGUAUUUUGAAAUUCAUGAUGAGCGGGAAAGCUUCCGAACAGGAAAAGUUGGAGAAAUACCGUGAAAUGAAAACAAUUUGGGCCAAAAUCCAUGGAUUAAACGAAGCUAAAGUUAAACUCACGCAGAACGCAUAUGAUAUGGUUGAUCGGGUAAUACGCCGCCUAGACAAAGAACUGGAAGCUAUAGUCAGUGAGAUUGGGUCGGGGAAGUCUUCGUCAGCAGAGAAAAAUCAACGUGACAAAGGCGCACUGGACGAGGGUCCUGGUCGAGCACGGGUGCGUGGAGCUGAUCCGUUCGAUAUGCCUGUCGAUCCCAACGAGCCUACCUAUUGCGAGUGUAAACAGAUCAGCUUUGGUGAAAUGAUUGCUUGUGACAAUCAGAGCUGCCCGAUUGAAUGGUUCCAUUUCGCUUGUGUUGGACUGACCAGCAAGCCGAAAGGUAAAUGGUUCUGUAAGCGCUGCGUGGCCAGUGGGCAGAAUAAAGUGGGAAAGAAAAAGAAAUCCCGUUUGGGCAUCAUUGAAAAGUAUGCGUCAGCCUCAGAUAAAAGUGAAGUGGAGCACAUUCUCACUGCCUCCGAUUCAGAUUAGCCAUGAAACCUUAUACACGUUGGUGCUGGAGAUCUAUGUCCGCUGUAUUGGUUUUGUCGAUCUCUCUUUAUUCGAAAGUUUAAUCAUGACACUUUUUAUGCCAUCCAAUAAUGUGCUUUUAGUGGAUUAUGCUUGUUGCUUUUAUGGUGUGAUCGUCAAGUGCCACUAUACUCCUGGACCUUUUUAGUGUGUUCUUUUAUCGAACCCUUCUCUUACAAGGGCUUUUUAGUGUUUGGUUGUUGAUGUGUUUUACUGGUUUUUCCUUUCCUCCUUUACCCUUUGAAAAUUUUUGUACAUCUGUGUUGAUGUUUUAGCCUGUUGGACUUUUUUUCGAAUUCCAAAUUGCUGUACAAUUUCUUGUUUACAAAAUAAAGGAUUAACCUUGG